GGGGUCCUGGCUGCGCUGCUCCAGUGUCCCGUCACGCUACCAGCAGGGGACAGGCGUAUGCUGGCCGGUCCCUGGCAAACCGGGAGUGGGGGUCGGGGUGCCCAGAGAGAGGAGGGCCCAGGAGCUCUGGAAGGACCAGAUGUGCCCCAGGUGCUGGGGAGCCACAGCGGGCUUGAGAGCGUGAGUGGCGCCCCUGGGCUGUCGAGGAGGCAGCUGUGUGUUGGCGCCGGGCCAGGGUCACGUCUACGAAAGGUUCCCCUCUCAUGACCGUCCCUCCUACGGUCAGACGCCUCAGCGCCGCGGGGACGUUUCUGAUCCCUGCUUCUCCCGGUCAGGAGCUGUCAGCCCGGCUGCUGUCCAUCCACAGUGACCAGGACCGGCUGGUGGUGACCUUCAAGACCUUCGAAGAGAUCUGGAAGUUUUCCACCUACCACGCCCUCGGUAAGCCUGGUGGGUGCCGGGCUCGGCCACGGCUGCGCUCGCCCGAGGAGCACGAGGAGGCGGCCAUCCAGGUCCGCGUGGACGAGGAGGCGCUGAGGCUGACGCACGAGAGCCUCCUGGUGCAGGAAGGGCCUUUCUUUGUCCUGUGUCCUGACGGCUACGUGAGAGUGACCACUGGUCCCCAGGGUGCAGGCAGGGGCCCCCAGCCCCUCAGGCCGGCUGCAGGGGCUCCCCAGGGAGAGGCGGCCCCGGCAGCAGGCUCUCCGGCCGGCAGGCUCAGCGCGUGCUCCGAGGAGGAGGCGGCCGUGUCCACCGCAGAGCCUCUGACUCCGUUUCAUCAAUGGGCUCUCAGGGUCGCCUGGGACCCCUUCGAGGACUCUGUGGGUGGACCCGUGACGCCAGAUGCCCAGCUGAUGGGUAAAUGUCUCCACUGGCUCUUCUCCCUGGGGAAGCGGCCGGGCCAGCGCUGCUGGGACCCUGAGGUCCGGCCAGCGCUUUGCUCUGCCCCAAGCCAGCCAGCAGCCCAAGAGCCCGUCUCCCCAGGCUGCCGUGACCCGCCGCGUCUGUCCCAGCCCCUGCUCCGAGCGCCUGCUGCUGGCCAGGCGAGGCUCCCUGGGAGGCAGGACGUUUGGUUUUGUUUGUUACCUGGGGCCUUCACGGCCGGGCACCCAGUAGGUGUGCAGGGACUGUCGUCGAGGGAGCGCAGUGGGUCUUCCUGGGCGGCGCCGUGGGAGCGCGGUGUGAAGGGAGGCCUCUGUCUCUCCAGGCUGGACAGCGUGCUUUUCCUCGAUGAGGACGAGCGGGCCUUCUUCCGCAGGGAGGGCCGCUUCUCCAAGGACGACGCCCGGCGGCUGCUGAGCAAGAUGUCGGGCGCGGACAUCUGCACGGCGUACAGCUUGGACAGACUCGGAGAAACUGAGGCUGAACCGUCAGAAGAGCAAGAAACGCCUCUGCCUGGCCUGCACCCAGAGCCACAUGAGACCCUACAGAAGGUGAAGAAGGUUCUAGAACAAUGUAAGUCCCACCACAGCUGCCCUGAGGAGCCAGUGUCCUGGGGUCUCCAAUCAGCAUCCAGUGGAGCAAGCUCACCGGACACCGAGGAGCCCUCCUUCUGCCUGGACGCGGAGGACGACUGGGCCGACCCCAAGGCCCUGGGCUCCCUGUUGCGGUUCCUGGACACUCCCGGGUACGAGCCUGCCUUCCGUGGCCUGUACGACGCCUCCCUGCCGGGGCUCGGCACCAUGUUCUGUGGCUUCGCCGACGAGGAGGAGCUGGCCGGGCGCCUGGCCCAGGCCCGGGGGGUGGCCAAGAAGGCGGACCUCCCCAUGGCCCUGGCCAGGCUCUGCUUCCUGCUGGGGCGGCUGUGCGUGCGGAGGCUCAAGCUGUCCCAGGCGCGCGUGUACUUCGAGGAGGCCCUGGGGGCCCUGGGCGGCCACUUCGGGGACCUCUUCCUGGUGGUGGCCCUGUAUGCCAACCUGGCCACCGUCCACCUGCGGCAGAGCAACAGGGACAAGUGCGGGCAGGUGGUGCCCAAAGCCUGCGCCCUGCUCCUGGGGACGCCGGGGGCCCUGUGCCUGCAGGCGGGGGCCCGGGGGCUGGCCCAGCACUACCUCCUGGAGGCCGUGAGGCUCUUCUCAGGGCUGCCCAGCGGGGAGUGUGGCCGGGCCUUCACCCACGUGCUCCUGCAGCUGGGCCACCUGUACAUGUGCCGGGCCCUCGCCCAGCAGGGCAAGUGCUACUACGAGUGGGCCUUCCUGGUCGCCGCGGAGACGGGCAACCUGGAGAGCCAGCUGCGUGCUGUCCAGCGGCUGUGCCACUUCUACAGCUCGGUCAGGCCCUGCAGGGCCCAGUGCGUCGUCUACCACGAGUUCCAGCUCACGCUGGCCCGCAGGGCGGCUGACAAGGCGCUGGAGGGGCAGCUCCUGGAGACCAUCAGCCGGCUCUACCUGUCCCUGGGCACCGAGCGGGCCUACCGAUCGGCGCUGGACUACACCAAGCGCAGCCUGGGCAUCUUCAUCGACCUCCAGGAGAAGGAGAAGGAGGCGCACGCCUGGCUGCAGGCGGGAAAGAUCUACUACCUGCUCCAGCAGAACGAGCUGGUGGACCUGUACAUCCAGGUGGCCCAGAACGCGGCCCUGUACACGGGGGACCCCAACCUGGGGCUGGAGCUGUUUGAGGCGGCCGGAGACAUCUUCUUCAACGGGGCCUGGGAGCGGGAGAAAGCUGUUUUCUUCUACAGGGACCGGGCGCUGCCCCUGGCCGUGACCACAGGGAAGCAGGAGGCGGAGCUGCGGCUGUGCAACAAGCUGGCGGCGCUGCUCACGGAACUGGACCUGCAGCAGGAAGGCCUGGAGUUUGCCCACAUGGCCCUGGCACUCAGCAUCACCCUGGGCGACCGUCUGAAUGAGCGUGUGGCCUACCACCGGCUGGCCGCCCUGCACCAGCGGCUGGGCCACGGCGAGCUGGCCGAGCACUUCUACCUCAAGGCGCUCUCGCUCUGCAGCUCGCCGCUCGAGUUCGACGAGGAGACGCUGUACUACGUGAAGGUGUACCUGGUGCUGGGCGACAUCAUCUUCUAUGACCUGAAGGACCCCUUCGACGCGGCCGGGUACUACCAGCUGGCGCUGGCGGCGGCCGUGGACCUGGGCAACAAAAAGGCCCAGAUGAAGAUCUACACGCGCCUGGCCACCAUCUACCACAACUUCCUGCUGGACCGCGAGAAGUCCCUCUUCUUCUACCAGAAGGCCCGCACCUUCGCCUCCGAGCUCAACCUCCGCAGGGUCAGCCUGGCCCCGCCGCGGUGCUGGGGGCGCGCGCCCUGGCUGCUGGAGAAAUAG